GGGGGGUUUGAAGCGAUGGCUGGCGGCUCUGGAGUGGAAAACAAAAUAAAAACUUCAGACAAUUUCUUCCCCCUCUCUGUGUCCGAGAGAGGAGAGGGAGAGGGCUGGAGUUAAUUGGCUCUUGUAAAGUCUGGCCCGUGGUUACCGCCCCCCUCCCGCGGGCCAGGCAGGCUGAGUCCCGGGCAGUCAAUGCCCUCAGUCUGAACAUUUUUAAUCUCCCCCAGUCUCUUUCUCCACAGCCAUUCUCAAAGAGACAGUGUGCUUCCGGGGCACCAAUGCAGCCAGACGGAAGGAGGAAGUUAUGCUGCAGCUUUGGGAUCUGGAUGGAAGGAUGUCGUUUGAGGACACCGCGUCAGAAGCUACAAACUCAUACGAGAAGCACUGUAUCUAAAAUAAGACCACGAGGAGUUUGCUGGAGGUGAAAAUUGUAGUCGACGGAAUUUGUUCGAAGCUCAUGCUAUUUAUUCACCAAAAUUGAACUGUUUUUGUUCUGAAUGCAAGAAUUAUUCAUUGCCUGACUCCCAACUCCGUUAAUCACAUCACCUGCGUUAUGUUGGUUGCUGCAUGUUAACUGAAGAGUAUUCAAUCGAAGACAAUGUGUUCAUUUAUCAGAUUUGAAAAUCUUCAUGAAUUGAAAAGAAUUUGUCACUGGGGGCCAAUUAUAGCCCUAUCCGUGAUUACAAUAUGUUCCUCAAUGGCUAUAAUAGACUCAGUACUUUGGUAUUGGCCGCUUGAUACUCCUGGUGGAAGCAUAAACUUCAUUUUAUUGAUAAACUGGACUGUUCUUAUACUUUACAAUUACUUUAAUGCAAUGUUCGUUGGCCCUGGCUAUGUCCCGAUUGGAUGGAAACCGGAAAACCCUCAGGAUACAAUGUAUCUUCAGGACUGCAGAAUCUGUCAAGGUUACAAGGCACCCCGCUCCCACCAUUGUCGUAAAUGUAACAGGUGUGUGAUGAAGAUGGAUCAUCAUUGUCCAUGGAUCAAUAAUUGUUGUGGUAAUUUGAACCAUGGCUACUUUACCUCAUUCCUGAUGUUAGCACCAUUGGGUUGUAUUCAUGCUUCUGUGAUUUUAAUCAUGACCAUGUACACACAGCUUUCUAACAGGAUAUCAUUUGGUUGGAGUUCAGUAAAGAUUGACAUGAGCCUGCCACAAAGGAAUCCACAGUACAUCGUUCCUUUUGGAAUUUAUGGAUUUGCUGCCUCUCUAUUUGCUUUGGGAUUGGCAAUCGGUACAACGAUAGCAGUUGGCAUGUUGUUUUUUAUUCAGAUGAAAGUGAUCCUCAGGAAUAAAACCACCAUUGAAGUUUGGAUUGAAGAAAAGGCCAAAGACAGAAUCCAGUAUUAUCAAACGGGUGAGGAAUUCAUAUUUCCAUAUGACCUUGGAAGUAAAUGGAGGAACUUCAGGCAGGUGUUCACAUGGUCUGGGGUUCCCGAGACAGAUGGAAUUGUCUGGCCUGUUCGUGAAGGCAGCCAUCAGUACACAUUAACGAUAGAGCAGCUGAAACAGAAAGCUGAUAAAAGAGUGAGAAGUGUCCAGUAUAGAGUGAUUGAAGACUACAGUGGAGCUUGCUGUCCUAUAACAAAAGGAUUCAAAACAUUUUUUUGCACACCUUACACUGAAGAACCUAGAAUUCAACUGAGGAAAGGAGAAUUGAUUUUAGUUACAAGGGGUCUCCCGCAUUGGAUGUAUGGUAACAAGAAUUUGAAGAGGAAAAAUGCCCACGGUUGCUCCAUAGAAAACUUAGCUACAGCAUGGAGUCAGCUUUCAUAUGUAUGGUGUCAAUACCCAGCUUUCUUUUGCAUGACCACAGCCUGACAGCAGUGAUGGAAUCCUAUGUGUCUGACAUCACGUUCUGAAAACAUGGAGGGCAGCUACCACACUCCAAGAUCGAGUGACAGAGCCACCAAAAGCAGAUGCUAUGGAUCUCUCAUCAAUUCCCCCAGACGUUCAUCACACCGUGAGACAACUGGUCUCAUGAAACUCCAUCUUUCUCCCAAGGGUCUCCAAUCUUAACACUCGAAGAACUCACUCUGGAAUCUUCUCCCAAACAACGCUUUCACUUGGUCAUCUUCCACAAGGAUCCACCUCCAGGGUUUCAACCUCUCCUUCUGAUGUUCCUUUCCUCUGGAUUGUUGCGUGCAUUCAAGUUUCGCCUUCCACGCACUCUCUCUCUCUCAGAUAUUCAGCUGUGCCAACAGAACACCACUGCUUCACAGACCUUUGGUUGUCUCCUUGGAUCUUCUGGCUUCUUGCAAGCUCGAUUCCGUUCCCUGCGGCUGUCUCUCUUUAACUUGGAGCCUUUUCCCUCUGUUCCUAACUUUAACUUCAGUGAACAGGAUCUUGUUCCAGAUUCCUGUCCUUUGACUUAAAAGGUCUUCUUGAGACCUUUCUCUUUUCCUUUCGGGACCUGCUCCCUGCAGUUCCCUCUCCCAGUAGACUGCUGAGAACAUGGUAUCUCCCUUGAGCUCAGAACUCACUUGACAUUCACUUUUACUUUAACUUUAGAACAACUCAUCUAAGAUUCUUCGACUUCUUUUCCUCAACAAUCUGCUAGUAUGUGCAGUUAGAAAGAGACAUAAUUGUUCCCUAGAGCAUAAUCACCAACUGAACUCAAACUGCUUUCUGUUUCUGUCUCUGUGCACCUCCUAUUGCUAGUCAACAGCACAGUUUUGCCUACUUUGUUUUAACUUCCCUAAACCACUUCAAGGGUCCUAAAACCUCAUUAAAAAGCAGGUAUACAAACAAACCCACAGAUUUGCAGGUAGCAUUCUAAAGUGACAAAACCACAGGUUUCCCCUUUCUUAACACACAGAUACAACAUAUAAAUUAAACUUAAUGCUACAGCUUAUUCUAACACACACAAAUAAACAUAACUUACUUAAAACU